UAAACCUUGGCUAUUAAGAAAAUGGUUUUUUUUAUUGAAGGCGUGAAGGCAGGUGAAGACUGAAGAAAUAGAAGCGCAUAGCAUAGCCGAGAGACAGAAGACUUAACAAUGGCGUUGCAGUGGAUGAUACUAGCGUACGUUGUGGCGGCGGAGGUGGCCGUCGCUAUUCUCAUAACGCUGCCUUCUCCCAAGGCUCUCAAAUCGCGUAUCGUCUCUCUAAUCUCGCUCGCCCUUCAACCUUCAUUCUUCGUAGUUCCCUUUGCCGCUUUCCAGCUCCUCGAUAUCUAUUGGAAAAAUGAGCAUCGAUUGAUGUGCACGGGCGAGAUCUGCACUGCUUUGGAGAGGGAUCGCUAUGAGAAAUCGAUCUACAAGGCUCAGAGGAAUGCAAUUCUUUGCAUGGUAGCAUGCCUUCUCUACUGGUGUAUAUAUCGCGUUUGCAAGUACUACAAAGAGAUUCAGAGUAUGGAAGAAGUAGAAAAGAGAUACAAGAACCACUAGCUUCUCUUUUUCAUUACUACAUAGUAUGUUUUUCUUGUAACUGUAAGGACAGAAAUAAGGAGAAAGGAGAUGAAAACUAGUCUGUUAUGUAGCUUAGUAAACAAAUCAAUUGAUAGUUCUCUGCAUACAUUUGAGGUAGAAAUUAAUUGUUGUUAAAUCUUCUCUUGUAAAA